AUGAGAUCAGAAAACUAUGAAAACUCUAAAUCUAGCAAGAAAACAAGAUCUGAAUUUAGCAAUAAACAUGAAGAUAAAUCAAGACUAUAUGGAACUUGUCAUCAAAAGGGUCAUAAUGCACGAACUUGUUCUAAUCAAAAAUAG